UUCUAAUCCAGUUUCUCGUAAAAUCACUGAAGAUGCCACCAGUGGAGUAUCAACAAUCUUGCGUUGCGGUUGGCUUUAAAUGAGCUAUACAACUCCUAAAGCUUGAAUUACGAGGAUUGUGACUACCUCAAAUGACAGAGCAACACUGAUAAAGGUAUGCCAAGAAAUUACCUUUUAAAAUGAAUAAGAAUGUUCAUCAAUUGUCAGCGAAGAUCUUGAAACAGUUUUUUUUUCAUUCAUAUUUUGAACACGCACAAUGUUCUUGCCAAACUGCGAAGGAAUUGCUUAUUACAAAUAUUUAGCCUACUGUAAGAGGACGUCAGUGACUGCACAUUUGUAUAUGUAUAAAUACGCAAGUAUAUGUUAAGGAUGUCAUGAACUGGCCAAUAUUUUAUGCUGGAACACACCUUUAAAGUUUUCUGUAUGGAGUUUCAAAAUGACACAUUCUAAGUUACGGAACGCCAGCAAUGAAGAAAUUUACUCAGUGGAAGCGGGCAACACAACCAUUUUGGACCACUUCUAUAAUAACACCAGCAACAGUACCUGUAAGAACGUUACACUGGAGAACGUUACCCUGGAUGUUAUCGGUGUUGGUGUCUUUCUGGCAGUAUUCAUUUUGGUGGCAAUUAUUGGAAACAUAUUGGUCAUUCUUUCAGUUCUUUGCAAUAGACACUUGCAGACUGUCACAAACUUCUUUAUAGUAAACUUAGCCAUUGCGGACUUACUCCUCAGCAUUAUUGUGUUGCCUUUCUCUGCAUCCUUGGAGAUCCUGGGAUGCUGGGUCUUCGGCCGGGUUUUCUGCAACAUCUGGGCAGCCGUGGACGUGUUGUGCUGCACCGCAUCCAUUUUAAGCCUUUGCAUCAUUUCUAUAGAUCGAUACAUUGGUGUGAAGCACUGUCUGAAGUAUCCGACCAUUAUGACAGAGAGAAAAGCUGGAGUGAUACUAAUAGUGGUAUGGGUGUCAUCUAUGGUCAUUUCGAUCGGUCCACUCCUGGGAUGGAAGGAACCGCCACCUUUGGACGAGAGCAUCUGCAAAAUUACUGAGGAGCCGGGCUAUGCCAUCUUUUCCUCUUUGUUUUCGUUCUACCUCCCGCUCAUGGUCAUCCUGGUCAUGUAUUUCAGGGUGUAUAUAGUAGCCCGCAGGACAACCAAAAGUUUGGAAGCGGGCGUAAAACGGGAAAGAAAUAAAUCGAUGGAAGUGGUCUUACGAAUACACUGUCGGAGUGUGCCGGAGGACCCUGUCACGAGCGCAAAGGGUAAAAACCACCCGUUCCGAAGUUCACUCUCCGUGCGGUUGAUGAAGUUUUCCAGGGAGAAAAAGGCUGCUAAAACUCUGGCCAUUGUGGUUGGGAUGUUCAUCCUCUGUUGGCUGCCAUUCUUCUUCGUUUUACCCGUUGGCUCCCUGUUCCCCAAGGUGAAGCCCUCUGAGAUGGUGUUCAAAGUCAUCUUCUGGCUGGGCUACUUCAACAGCUGCAUCAACCCCAUCAUUUACCCGUGCUCCAGCAAGGAGUUCCAGCGCGCCUUCACGCGCCUGCUCCGCUGUCAGUGCCAGCGACGGAGGCGCGUCCUGCGCCGCUUCUAUGACCAGCGCUGGCGCACGGCGGUCAGGGCCCCAGGGCGGGACCCGCGUGGGGAGUACCGGCCGCCGGGCUUCUCGGUCAGCGAGACGUGCAGCAGCUCUGUGUUCUCCUACCGCAGCAAGGGCCGCAGCUUCAGCGUGAGGGGCUGGAACCUCUUCCCACCGCUGCAGAAGUCCUCCUUCCACCUGAAGGAGAAGAUGAACAACAUCUCCAACAAGAUCCGCAGUGGCCAAGGCCGGACCGCCACGCCAGCGCUAGGCAGGACUGAGAUCGACACCGUCUCCAUGGGCAUCUAUGACUGUACAGAGCAGAGCAGCUAUCAGAUAUACGACCUCACUGACUGCUACAGCCUGAAGGAGACUGAUAUUUAAGCCAUGGAAACUGCUGCUUUUGGGGGCUGCUUUUGAAGCUGAUGCAGAGCCGUGAGACAAGUAGGCAAAUGAGACUGAUUUAUAAACUUUGCCUUUAAAUGUUCAGAUAAACUAUGUGUCUUUCAGAAAACUUCCCUCCUUGGUAAAGUCUUAAACCGGUCACUUUGAUAAAAGCACAAGUGAUAUCAAUGUGGUAUCCAUGAUGGUGAUGUAUGUAAAAUGUUGAAGCAAAAUGUUGUUGCGAUGUGUUCGUGGGUGAGCAGAGUGGGAUUAGGAUAUGUUCAAAUGAGAAAAACUGAAUGUUUUUGUAAAUGCUAUCACCAAUUUACACUGCCAAAAUACAGUGUAAAAACUAUCACCACUUGAUGUAAAGACAGACUCUUGGCCUUUAAAGAGUUCCACCACUGACCAGUAACUUGACGGAGUGGAAAUGAUUUCAUCUGUCUUUCCGCACAAAGCCAACUCUUUAUGAAAAACAAACACAAACAACAAACUCUUGUGCAUCAGACAUAGACAAAUCAACAUGUGGCACACUAUGGACAGACAUUUCAACACACAAGCUAUGUUCUAUUGGAUAGAACCCUGCUAUGUUCUAUUGGAUAGAACCCUGUGUCCACAAAGCCAUUGGCGAGAGUGGUACUGUCCGUAUGAAAGCUGAGCAACAGAUUCAUUUCUUGCAUCAGUUACUCAGUUAUAUCAAAUUGCUAAAUGAUGCUUUCUAUUUGUAUUUCCAAUGUCGUGAUAUCUGUCUGUGUCUGAUAUAAAGUGAAAUAAAUCAAUCAAAUUGU